AAGUUCCGUUCGAUCGAGAGGAAAAAGCGAACGAGGAGGAGAAGGUCCAAGUUACUGGCUGGCGUCUUCCUGCUCCAGCGACUGCCUCCUUCUUUCCACCUGACGCGCCGCCCGCCCGCCCGCUCCCAACCACCGCGCCGCCCGCGCUGUCUUCCGCGGCCUCCGGGAGAGGUCCAGGUUUGGAAGGGCUCGAUUCGGUGCGCUAGCUCGCCGGGAACGUCAAGUCUGCGGGUGGGAGCCUUGAUUCCUGUGAUAAGUCAGUGGACUUAGGGUUUACUGUUGUUCGGUAAUCGGGUGGCAGCUCCUGCUGUUCGGAAGUUAGGAGACAAGAGAACCGAAACGAGCUUUGUCCGGAGCUCUUCGGAGUUGGUGUUGGGUGGGUUUUACUGAGCUGGUGGUAGUAUGAUCAAGCAAAUCCUUGGACGGUUCCCUAAGAAGCCGUCCAAGUCUGGGGAUAAGGAUCCUACUGGCCGGUCAAGCCCCUCGGUGUCGAACCCGGCAUUCGGUCCAAGAGGCGCGGAAAGGGCCUCCAACUUGAGUGGCCAGACACCGGUUAUCUCCAGCUCCGGGCUCAGUUAUGGGAGCGGCUUGCAUCCGGGGAACGGAAACUCGAGGGUAAAUGGUAAUUCGGUAUCCUCAGGCUUUGAGUUGUUGCCAAGCUUUAAGGAUGUGCCCAACACCGAGAAGCAUAACCUGUUUGUCAGGAAGUUGAACAUGUGCUGCGUGACGUUUGACUUCAGUGAUCCUGCAAAGAGCAUAAAGGAGAAGGAAAUAAAACGACAAACUUUGUUGGAGCUCGUUGACUAUAUUUCCUCAGCCAAUGGGAAGUUUCCAGAUAUAAUUAUGCAAGAGACCACAAAAAUGGUCUCUGCAAACUUGUUCAGGACACUGACUACCCCUCCCAGAGAGAACAAUAUUUCAGCCUUUGAUUUGGAAGAGGAUGAGCCUGUGAUGGACCCUGCAUGGUCACACUUACAGAUUGUUUAUGAGCUGUUCUUGAGAUUCAUUCAGUCUCCAGAGACUGACGCCAAGCUCGCUAAAAGAUACAUCGACCAUUCUUUCGUUCUCAGGCUACUUGAUCUCUUUGACUCUGAAGAUCCUAGGGAGAGAGAUUACCUCAAGAUGAUACUUCACCGUGUCUACGGGAAGUUCAUGGUUCAUCGGCCAGUUAUUAGGAAAGCCAUCAACAACACCUUCUACCAGUUCAUCUAUGAAACUGAAAAGCACAAUGGUAUUGCAGAGCUAUUGGAGAUCUUAGGAAGCAUCAUCAAUGGGUUUGCAUUGCCACUUAAGGAAGAGCAUAAAUUGUUCCUUGUACGGGCCUUGAUUCCACUUCACAAGCCAAAGUGUAUUGGAACAUAUCAUCAACAGUUGUCUUACUGCAUUACCCAGUUUGUCGAAAAAGAUUGCAAACUUUCAGACACAGUUAUCAGGGGCCUGCUAAAAUAUUGGCCCAUAACAAACAGCACCAAGGAGGUGAUGUUUUUGGGGGAGUUGGAAGAGAUAUUAGAAGCUACUCAACCUGCAGAGUUUCAGAAAUGCAUGGUUCCUCUUUUCCGCCAGAUUGCACGUUGUCUGAACAGUUCUCACUUUCAGGUUGCUGAGAGAUCGUUGUUUUUAUGGAACAAUGACCAUAUCGAGAAUUUGAUCAAACAAAACAGUAAGGUGAUAUUACCGAUCAUCUUCCCUGCACUGGAGAGAAAUACCAGUGGGCACUGGAACCAAGUUGUGCAAAGCCUCACUCUUAAUGUGUGCAAAUUGUUCUCUGAUCAUGACGCUGUACUGUACAAUGAGUGUUUGCGGAAAUACGAGGAGGCCAAAGCCAAAGAGAAGGAGACCAAAUUGAAGCAAGAAGCCACAUGGAAACGCCUAGAAGAGAUUGCGUCAGCAAAAGCAACGAGUGGAGAGGCCGUGCUUGUGUCUCGAAACUUACCUCGUCAAUCUUCAGCUGUGUAGUGAGAGUUAUUCCAAGUGGUCUUCAGAGAUUCAUGAAACAUUGUAUAGGAUUGAAUUGUAUAUACAAGGUAUAUUAGGCGGGCAAAUCAACAGAUCUGAGAAGCCAGUUGGAUAGGCGCAGCGCAUCAUCAUCAUUCCUCAAUCAAUCCUGAGCGUCGGCUUCUCUCGGCAUGCUGAGAUCUGCAGUUAAUUGCUGUAUCAUUUACCCUUGUCCGAAUAUGAUUACAAUUUGUCGGGAAGUUUGUUUUGGAAACAAAUGGUUGGUCGCGGUGGUCAGUGGAUAGAUCUGUAGUUAGAGAGCUUCAUUUUCAAAACGAGUCAUGGUUGUUGUUCUUUAGUCAGCAUGGACGGGCCUUCGUCAUGGUUGUAAAUGGAAGCAUUUUUUUUUCUUUCGAGCACAAUAUGACCAAAUAUUUCUCACAGAACGUGUGAGAUGCAUUCAUUUUGUUAUUA